CUGGAAUUCAGAUGAAGCGCUGAAUGAUGCAGGAGUCACAAGAUGGAUGGAAAAAACGCUGGGUGGAAUCUAAACACAGGCCGGAUUAUGGUAAAUUUCAGCUCACUGCGGGGAAAUUUUAUGGAGACAAAGAAAAGGAUAAAGGUCUCCAGACCAGUGAAGACGCCAAGUUUUAUGCCCUCUCUACCAGGUUUGAGCCGUUCAGCAAUGAGAACGAGACCUUGGUGGUUCAGUUUUCAGUAAAACACGAGCAAGGCAUCGAUUGUGGCGGCGGGUACGUGAAACUCUUUCCGGACACCCUGAACCAGGAAGAUAUGCAUUCGGAAUCGGAAUAUUACGUCAUGUUUGGCCCUGACAUCUGCGGCUUUGGCAACAACAAAGUACAGGUCAUCCUUCGUUACCAAGGGAAAUACCAUGAGAACAACAAGGCCAUCAAGUGCAGGAUCAAUAAAGACACUCACUUGUACACUCUGAUCAUUCGCCCCAAUGCUACUUAUGAGGUCAAAAUUGACAACCAGCAAGUAGCAGCUGGGGAUCUGGAGGGUGACUGGGACUUCUUGCCUCCCAGGAAGAUAAAAGACCCCUAUGCCCGGAAACCAAGGAAAUGGGAUGAACGUCUUCAAAUAGAGGAUCCUGAAGAUAAGAAACCUGAGGACUGGGAGGAUUUUGAGUACAUCCCAGACCCAGAUGCCAAGAAGCCGGACGACUGGAAUGAAGAGAUGGAUGGGGAAUGGGAAGGGCCCCUGAUACCAAAUCUGAAUUAUCAGGGACAAUGGAAACCUCGGAUCAUCGACAAUCCUAAUUACCAGGGGGAAUGGAUUCAUCCAGAAAUAGACAACCCUAAAUAUAAGCCUGACCCCACCAUUUGUCACUAUUAUAACAUCAGUGUUCUUGGCCUGGACCUUUGGCAGGUGAAAUCAGGCAGCAUCUUUGACAAUUUCCUUCUAACCAAUGAUGAAGAGUUUGCUGAAGAGGUUGGAAAUAAGACCUGGGGAAUAAGAAAAGACGUGGAGACGCAAUGGAGAGAACUGUAUGAAGAAAUGGAAAAAAGAAAACAGGAAGAAGAGGCCAAGAAGACAAAGGAAAAGGAGGAGGAAAGGGAAGAUGACAUCUGGGGAAUUGAAGAAGAGGGAAGUGAAGAGGAUUCUGCUGAGACACCAGGAAAUGACAGGCAGAUGAAAGAAGAUGAGGCUGAAAGUGGGUUUCUGGGUAAAAACGAAGUCCGUGUAGACGAGAAGGAUGAACUGUAACUUGGUAAAAUGGUUACACUCAGAGGAAAUGAUGUGGCUAGAAGGAGAAAUGUUCAUGAGGUUGGCAAAAUCUGGGGAGCAAAAUUUCUUGCUCUUUUUGAAUGAACUUUGGAUUUGUAUUUCUACUCCACCUCUCUUGCUCUGUACGACCUUGGGAAAGUCACAUCACCUUUUUGGGCCUCUAUUUCCUUGUCAUUGGAAAGGGGGUGAUAAUUACUAUUUCAUGAAGUUGUUAUAGGGGUUAAAUGAGCUAUGUGUGUAAAGUGCCUGAUAUAAUCAUACAGUCAACAAAUAUAGCUAUUACUACUAUCAUCAUGGUGUUUGUAAAACUAAUUGUUGGUAAAUAAGUUUCUGUAUAAGAUUGGUCCUCACUUUCAACGUAUCCCAGUACAUCCAGGGAUUUUAUUUUGUUUAAAUGUCUAUAUUGCUUAGUGUUUACUGAGCAGUUCUGAUGGUAGUACUUGUGGGCGAUGAUGUUUUCUUCUUGCAGAGGUAUCAAUAUUUAAAAACAAAAUUAGACUUCUUCUCAACAUAAAGAUACUUUGUGAAGGUCCUUUUGCUUCUCUGCUGUUUUGCACCCUGAUUUUUUUAUUGAGUUCCUAAUAGUUUACAACAGUGUGAGAUUUCAGUUGUACAUUAUUAGUUGUCCAUCACCAUGUAAGUACUCCCCUUCAACCCCUGUGCCCACCCCCAGCCCCCUUCCCCC